AUGACCGUCAACAACGCCGAACGUCGCAGUGUGCAAACGGAACCCGCUGCCGUCGACAGCAAAGACGUUGCAGACGUUGAUGACUGGGAUCCGGACAGCGAACUCAGUCCACUUUCCAAGGCUGUGAUCGCCACCGCAGUCGGACUGGGGUUGCUGAUCGCGGCAUUCGCAGUGAUCGGGAAGCUCGCCGGCUGGGCGAACGACUACGGGACGAUCCUGGUUUACCUGGCAUUCUUCUUGUGGAUGUCGAUCUCCGGACGGUUGUUCUGGUGGGGCGCAGACAAACUCAUCGCGCUACUCCGAACGAAGAAGAGUGACAAUCGUGAUCUACCUGAAUCUCAUUGCGUCGCUGCCACCUGGUGCGCCCAUCCCGCCAGAGAUCAUCAACCCGUGCCUGAGUGCGCCGUCCACGACGUCGACAGCUGCGCCGACGACCACUGUCGGGCUCCCCGUGCGCAGGCUCCAGGCGGUGGCCCAAAUGUCGGGGCCAAUGCUCCGACGAACUUUCCCACCUACAACGGCACCCCAUCGUCCCUGUGCCGACGAUCGAGGACCGAUCCCCGCGGAUUCGGAUUCGGAUUCGAAUAUCGCACCGGCCCAAACGGUUCCGGAUCCGGCAGCAGAUGUUUCCACAACCGGGAGGACUCGGGCCGUGACAGGUAUCUCGAACUGGUCCUCGUCGGGGCCGCGGCGUUCACCGCUGCGGGUAUCGGAGUGCGCAGGCGGCCGGGACCCAGCCCCCGCACGCCCGAAUCAGUACUCUCCCAGGCGGUCGGGACUGUCGCGUCGCCGUUGACUGCGUACGCACCUGGCGGGCAGUCCUCGUUGCGGGUGUUCGAUCCGAUCACCGGCGGAAGCCGGUUCUUCUUCCUGAUCCACGACGAAACGUCGUCGCAUCGAAUCCGUGAUUCCGGUGACGGUGCCGCCCGGCGGUCACAUGAGUGUCAACCCCGAUGGCACGGUCACGUCUUCGACGCCGACGGGAAUCCGGUCUCGACAAUCGAUGCCCCGUGGGCGUACGACGCCAACGGCACUCCUGUUCCGACGCAUUACGAGAUCCGGGACGGGCAACUCGUUCAGGUCGUCGACACCGCCGGUAUCGAGAGACCUGCUCUACCCGAUCCCUCGCCGACCCGGAGC